AUCAGCUACAUGCUGCCAGCUCUUCUCAAGCAACUGGUAGCUCUGCAACUUCUAUUGUUGAUGUCCCGCCAGCAAGUCCUGAUACAGCUCCUAAGCGUCUCCAUGUAUCUAAUAUACCAUUCCGAUUUCGCGAUAUCGAUUUGAAAGCUAUGUUUGAAAAGUUCGGAACUGUUAUUGAUAGUGAAAUCAUUUUCAAUGAGCGCGGAAGUAAAGGUUUCGGAUUUGUGACUAUGGAAAAGUCGGCAGAAGCGGAAGCAGCAAGGAAGGAGCUUCAUGGAUCUCAGGUUGAUGGCCGCAAAAUAGAAGUUAAUUGUGCAACUGCUAGAAUUCAUGCCAAAGGUCAAAAAGUUCGAUUAGCUGCAGCAAGUUCAGUGUUAGAACAAAAUUUCGCUGCUACAGCCAUACAGAAUAUUGCUCUAGCUAAUGCACAAAGAGCUAUGUGCUUGAGAGCUCCGACUAUUGCUUCUUCCCUUAUAUCACGUCCUGGUGCAGGACUAUUGACACCUGCAGCAGCAGCUUUUCCCAUGUCAGCUGCACUGCCCAUGAUGUCUCCACAUUUAAAUGCUCUAGCUCUGGGAGCUCAACAGCUCUUGAUGAGUACCCCUAGCAGUAUUCAUCAAGCUGCAAGUGGAUUGGAUCCCUCAGUAGCAGCUCUUUUUGCCGAACAAGCUCGAAUGCAAUUCGCAGCUCAAGCUGCAGCGCAAUCAUCUCUGGGAGAACAGUACUUAGGUCAAGCAUUGACGACAGCCAACUUGACAGCAGCCGCAGCAGCAUCUUUACCUUUGGGACAUCCAUACAGAGCGAUUGGACGCUAUACUCCAUACUAA